AUGGAGCCUCAUUCGCGUCCAUGCUCGUCCCAAAAUGGCACGUUGCGUCUUCCACAGGCUCUGCUGCUCUUCCUAAGGACUGUCCUGGCUGGACCCGACCCCGAUCGUGUGUCACAGGCCGAUGCGCACCCUGCAAAUUGGCCAGAUAUAAGGAAUCUGCCCUACCGUCUGACCCGUCUGCUCAAUCCCUUUGCAAUCCCUGAAAAUCUGGCCAGCGUAACCGCCGUGGGCAUGGUCAAGUUGGCAGCAGUCUGUGGGAUAGGAUCUGCGUUUUGGCUAUGGAGCAAUCAGAGAACGAGACGGAAUGUCUCCGAGCCCCAAUCUCAAUCAAACUCGACCAUGGAUGCGAGCAGUGCCACUGACCCAGGACUCAUCAAGAAAUUCUCACAUACUCGCGCAUACACAGUUCCGUCGACUGGCUUCACCUACCCACGUAUCAGGACUUUCUAUCGCACUCAUGAUCAGGAGACGAAGCUGCCACGAGAGCCCUCUCCGCUGCCCCUUCUCGUCUUUAUUCAUGGCUUGGGAGGUUCAAUUGCUCAGUUCAACCCUAUAUUACUGAGUCUAUCCAACCUUGCCUCUUGCCUGGCUAUAGACUUACCAGGAUGCGGUGCCUCAUCUUUCGAGCCAAAGGCAUGGGACGCUUACACGACUGAAGCCUUGGUGCAUCUGCUUGCCGUGGUUAUCGAGGAAUAUCGCGCUGUGAACGAGAACCAGACCGUCAUACUCGUAGGUCACAGUAUGGGCUGUUCACUGGCCACGUUGCUAGCUUCAUCCACGUCUCCACUUGCACAUCUCAUGUCGAUACAUGUUGGUGGGGUCAUUGCAAUCUGUCCCAAGGCGGAGCCACCUACAGAGAAGGAAAGCAAACAACUACGCACGAUUACAUUGAUACCGGCCACCGUAUUUGACCUGCUUAGAAAGUGGGAUCGUAGAGGCGGUGCGAAUAGUAAGAGUGUGUUGCGCAUGGCUGGUCCCGAUGCCGAAGAAGGCACCAAAGUGCUCCAACUGCGCUACAACCAACAAAGUCGAAGCGCAGUGUGGCAAAGAAUGGCAAAGGGUAUGUGUCCUGACUAUUCCACUGGGCAACCUCGAGGUGGCCUGCCUGGCAAGGCAGUUUGGAGUGGCCUCGAUGUCCCAGUGUUUCUGGUAGCCGGCGAAGAUGAUACGGUCACGCCAAUCACCAAUGUGAAGCGGAUUGUCGAGUUUCUUGGAAGAGACGUCUCCGCAAUUCAGUCUCCUAGCGAGAAGGUUAGCUUGCCCAUUGCGGCCGCUCCAUUCGAUCCAGCUGUGAUUCUUCCCGCAGACCCAGAUUCUACUACCAUACGCAAACACCAAGAUUCGGGCAUUGACGCAAACGAUCUACCCAAAAUCGAAGAUGAUACUGACAUGACAGACUCGAUGGCUGCUACCAACGAUGUUAAUUCCGUCACUACCAGAGACACCGUGACAGACAGCAGUCAAACCCUGCUCGACGCACCUCUCGUUUCCACGACCCCAACACACAAAUCCAGCAACCCAUCUCCCCAUCCCCGCCGCCUCGUGGUUAAGAUUCUCAUCCUCCCCAAGCCUGCCGCACACGCCCUUCUCUUUGCCCCAACAACCUCGCGCAUCAUCUCAGGUCUCAUCGGCAACUUCUUUGCUGACCACAUCGACCCGCGUCUCUCGCUCAGCUGGCAACUCAACUACCUCUCCACAGAGGGUAAAUGGGACGUGAAGAACCUCGCAAAAUGGAAAGCCGUGCAACCAGUCUCGGAGCCGAUUGGCAACGUCUUUCGCGCCAUGAAGACGCUGCGCGAAGUAGACGAGGAACACACCCCGCGCGUCCUAGCGCAAAAGUGGAAAGGCAAGCUCAGCGCCGUCAUCGACAUUUCGCACGACAGUCCAGUCUACGACCCCAAAGGCCUCGAGGACGGCGGCAUCCCCUACCACAAGUUCCCCACCGUCUCCAAACAGCCCCCUCAGCCCGACGAAGUCCGUGCUUUCAUCGAGCUCGUCGAUCGCAUCCGCGCAGAAGGCAGACCGGGCCUCAUUGGCGUACAUUGCCAUUACGGGUUCAAUCGCACGGGCUUCUUCGUCGUCGCUUACCUGGUCGAACGUCAGGGGAGGCGGGUCGAGGAGGCAAUUGAUAUGUUCGAGGCAGCGAGGCCGCCGGGAAUUCGGCAUAGUCAUUUUAUUGAUCAGUUGCAUGUGCGGUAUGCGAGGAAUUUGAGGAGGGCGCCUACGCUGUGA